AUGGGAGUUGUUUUAAGAUACGUGAACAAACAUGGAUGUGUUAUUGAAAGAUUUUUUGCUAUUGUACAUGUGUCUGAUACUUCUGCUAUUUCUUUGAAGAAGGCUAUUGAUGAAUUGUUUGCAAAACAUAAGUUGUCAUUAUCAAGAUUGAGAGGUCAAGAGAUGGAGCUUCAAAUAUGCGAGGUUCUUGAUAUGAUGGUUCAAGAGAUGAGUAAUCGAUUUUCAGAAUCAAGUACGGAGGUACUUACUUGCAUUGCUUGCUUAGAUCCAAAGGACUCUUUUUCUCAAUUUGAUAUUGGUAAGCUACUCCACCUUGCUGAACUUUAUCUGGAGGACUUUUCUUUGACUGAUCGUGUAAUACUUGAGGACCAACUUGAGACUUACAUUCAAAAUGUACAAGGUGAAUUUUCUAUGAUUGAAGAUUUGGGAAGUCUUGCUAAAAAGUUGGUUGAAACGGGCAAGAAUACAAUUUUUCCAUUGGUAUAUCAUUUGAUCGAGUUAGUAUUAGUUUUACCAGUUGCAACUGCUUCUGUUGAAAGAGUUUUUUCUGCGAUGAAAAUUAUCAAGACUGAUUUGCGUAAUAGGAUGGGAGAUGAGUGGAUGAAUGACAGUUUGGUAGUAUACAUCUAG